AUGUCUGCAGACGACGAACAAAGCGGCUGGCAGCUUACCGAAUCAGAUCCAGGCGUCUUCACUGAGUUGCUGAAAUCGCUCGGAGUUCCACUAGUAGUGGACGAUCUAUAUUCGCUCGACUCAGCUUCACUUGCUGACCUGCAACCCUUGCACGCAUUUAUCUUCCUCUUUAAGUGGGUUGGAUCGUCAUCCGAACCCGCCGAUGGACAGUAUGACCCCGACUUUCCUGGCUUUUUUGCGCACCAGGUUGUAAACAACGCGUGCGCGACUCUUGCUGUCAUGAACGCGAUCGGGAACAUCCCCGGCCUUCAGAUGGGCUCCCAGCUCUCUGAUCUGAUGAGCUUCACGACUGGGAUGGACCCGCAAACGCGCGGUAUGGCAAUUACCAGCUCGGACUGGCUGAGAGAGGCACACAAUGCACUAUCUCCGCCUGCAGCAAUAUCAUUGGAUGGCCUAGGGCUGCCGAAGACGUCAGAAGAUGCGUACCACUUCAUUGUAUACAUGCCUUAUAUGGGCUGUGUAUACGAAUUGGAUGGUUUGAAACACUCGCCGGUCAGUCAUGGAUCAUAUCAGGAAAGUGGCGAGGGAUGGGUCGCAAAAGCUAGGGAAGUUAUCGAAGCCAGGAUAGCGACGUACCCGGCAGGCGCGCUCGAGUUCAGCCUGUUAGCGCUUCGCGAAGACCCAAUCCCAAAACUUCAGACGCAACUAGCUGAGCUGCAGUCGACAGGUCGACAGGUAGACGCAGCGGAACUAUUAGAUAAGCUGACCACCGAGAACGCAAAGCGUGAGCGCUGGGCUUUCGAGAACAGUUUACGGAGACACAACUACGUUAGCCUGAUACACGCGCUUCUGGCAGCGCUUGCUAAAUCGGGUAAGCUGGAGGCAGCAAAAGAUGGUGCCAAGCAGGCAAUGCAGGAACGCGUGCGGAAACGGAAAGACAAAGGUGAAUCAACGAUGGACGAAGAUUAA